UCUGAAGAAGACUUCCGGUGGUGUGUCAUGGCGGUGGCAUGGUGAAUCCUACAGAAAGGGAAAAAUACUCGCCCCUUUCGUCCUUUCCCAUCGACUCGGGACAGAUUUUCAUGCAUAAAUAAGCCCGUCAGCUCUGGCCUCAUACCUUGGAUCUACCAGCGCAGCGUUGCGGUGUCCCUCCGCCCGGCCAUGGCGGCUCACAAACCAGUGGAAUGGGUCCAGGCCGUGAUUACUAGAUUUGAUGAGCAGCUUCCCAUUAAAGUUGGACACCAGAACACCCACACCAAAGUAAGCACAGAGCACAACAAGGAAUGUCUGAUCAACAUCUCCAAGUACAAGUUCUCCCUCGUCAUCAGUGGCCUCACAACCAUCCUCAAAAAUGUCAACAACAUGCGGAUAUUUGGAGAAGCUUCUGAGAAGAACCUCUACCUCUCCCAGCUCAUCAUUCUUGACACCCUGGAGAAGUGCCUGGCUGGGCAAUCCAAGGACUGCUUGCGUCUGGAUGAGACCAUGCUGGUCAAACAGUUGCUGCCGGAGAUCUGCCAUUUCAUCCACACAUACCGUGAGGGCCACCAACAUGCUGCUGAGCUCCGGGCCUCGGCCUCAGCUGUCCUCUUCUCCCUGAGCUGCAACAACUUCAACGCCGUCUUCAGCCGCAUCUCCACCAGGCUACAGGAGCUGACCGUGUGCUCAGAGGACAAUGUGGAUGUUCAUGACAUAGAGCUGAUGCAGUACAUCAAUGUUGACUGCUCCAAGCUGAAGAGACUGCUGCAAGAAACUGUAUUGAAGUUUAGAGCUCUCAAGAAGCCGGCCCAGUUAGCAGUCAUCAACAGCUUAGAAAAGGCGUUUUGGAACUGGGUGGAGAAUUACCCAGAUGAGUUCACCAUGCUCUACCAACGACCACAGGCAGAUAUGGCAGAAGCUGCAGAGAAGUUGUUCGACCUGGUAGACAGCUUUGCGGAGAGUGCCAAGAGGAAGGCAGCUGUGUGGCCACUGCAGAUUAUCCUCCUCAUCCUCUGUCCAGAAAUUACACACACCAUCUCCAAAGACACGGUGGAAGACAGCAAGGCCAACAAGAAACUGUUUUUGGACAGUUUGCGGAAAGCUUUGGCGGGCCAGGGUGGCAGUAAGCAGCUGAUGGAGAGCGCUGCCAUCGCCUGUGUCAAACUGUGUAAAGCCUCCACCUACAUCAAUUGGGAGGACCACUCAACCAUAUUCCUCCUGGUCCAGUCCAUCGUCAUGGAUCUCAAGGCUCUCCUGUUCAACCCAGCCAAACCCUUCUGGAGAGGGACAGGCAGCCAGAACGCUGACGUGGAGCUCAUGAUGGACUGCUUUGUCUCCUGUUUCCGCAUCAAUCCUCACAACAACCAGCACUUUAAGGUCUGUUUGGCCGCCUCCUCCCCCUCCACCUUUCACUUUGUCCUGGUCAACUCGUUGCACAGAAUAAUAACCAAUUCCCAUCUGGAUUGGUGGCCUAAGAUUGAUGCAGUGUACUGCUACUCCGGAGAGCUUCGCUUUAUGUUCUCAGACACCCUCAACCGGGUGAUCCAAGGUGUUGGCACCCACGCUCCACUACGCAUGACACCGAGUCUGACAUUCAAAGGGAAGAUGACCACCAGCCUUAAGUUCAAAGAGAAAGCCACAGAACUUGACACUCGAAGUUACAAGUGCCUCCUUCUCGCUCUGGUCAAACUCAUCCACGCUGACCCCAAACUCAUGUUGCAUAACCCAGUAAAACAAGCUCCAGAGAUGCAGAGCAGCACAGCAGAGCUGAUCACUGGCCUGGUGCAGCUAGUGCCUCUUAACAACACCACCCAGCUCUCACAAGAAGCCAUGGAGGCUCUGUUAGUUCUGCACCAGCCAGAGACCAUAGAGCUGUGGAAUCCUGAUGCCCCAAUAGAGACGUUCUGGGACAUCAGCUCACAGGUGCUCUUCCUUAUCUGCCGCAAACUGAUCGGCCAGCAAAUGGUUAAUGGGACAGAAGUUCUCAAAUGGCUGAGGGAGAUCCUCAUCUGCAGGAACAAGUUUCUGCUCAAGAACAAGGAGUGUGCCACUAUGGGUGGCGGGAUUCCCAUCUGCCGGCAAGCGCAGACAAAGCUGGAGGUGUGUCUCUACAUGUUCCUGUGGAGUCCGGACACCGAGGCGGUGUUGGUGGCCAUGUCGUGUUUCCGCCACCUCUGUGAGGAGGCUGACAUCCGCAGUGCCGCCGACGAGGUGCCCGUCCAGACCAUCCUGCCAAAUUACGCCACCUUCAGUGAGCUGGCCUCCGUCAGCAACAUGAUGGGAACAGGCCGGUCCACCUUGCAGAAGAGGGUGAUGGCCUUGCUAAGGAGGAUAGAGCACCCCACACCAGGAAACAUUGAGGCUUGGGAGGACACAUAUGGUAAAUGGGACCAGGCCACCAAACAGAUUCUCAACUUCCCCAAAAACAAGGCAGAUGACGGGCAGCAGGAGUGGAUCAACAUGACGGGUUUCCUGUGUGGCCUCGGCGGUGUGUGUCUCCAGCAGCGCAGCACACCGGGCCCAGCCACCUACAGCCCACCUAUGGGCCCCAUAAACGAGCGCAAACACUCCAUGAUCUCCAUGGGCCCCUGCGAUGUGUCCAACCCCAUGGCCUCUGCCUCCUCCUGCUCCUCUUCGGCCUCCAACGAGACGCCCGUCAGCCGCUUCCUGGACCGGCUCCUGGCCCUGCUGGUGUGUGGCCACGACAGGGUUGGCCUCCACGUCCGCACCAACGUCAAAGACCUGCUGGGGCUGGAGCUCAGCCCCGCCCUGUACCCCAUGCUCUUCAACAAGCUGAGGAACAGUAUCGGCAAGUUCUUCGACACGCAGGGACCGGUUCCUAUCAAUGACACUAACACCCAGUUUGUGGAGCAGACCAUAGCCAUCAUGAAGAACCUGUUAGAUAACCACACAGAGGGCAGCUCUGAACACCUGGGACAGGCCAGCAUCGAGACCAUGAUGCUCAACCUGGUCAGAUAUGUGCGUAUCUUGGGCAACGUGGUCCACGCAAUUCAGAUCAAAACUAAGCUGUGCCAGCUGGUGGAGGUGAUGAUGGAGAGACGAGAUGACCUGUCCUUCUGCCAGGAGAUGAAGUUCAGGAACAAGAUGGUGGAGUACCUGACGGACUGGGUGAUGGGAACCUCCAACCAGGCUGCUGAUGAUGACAUAAAGUGUCUGACAAGGGACCUGGACCAGGCCAGUAUGGAGGCAGUUGUGUCUCUGUUGGCUGGUCUUCCUCUGCAGCCAGAAGAGGGGGAUGGAGUCGAACUGAUGGAGGCAAAAUCUCAGCUCUUCCUCAAGUACUUCACCCUGUUCAUGAACCUACUGAAUGACUGCAGUGAGGUUGAGGAUGAUGGCCAAGCAGUGGGGGGACGAAAGAGAGGAAUGUCCCGCCGGCUGGCAUCCCUCCGCCACUGCACCGUCCUGGCCAUGUCCAACCUUCUCAACGCUAACGUAGACAGCGGCCUGAUGCACUCCAUCGGUCUGGGUUACCACAAGGACCUGCAGACUCGAGCCACCUUCAUGGAGGUACUGACGAAGAUCCUGCAGCAGGGAACGGAGUUCGACACGCUGGCAGAGACGGUUCUGGCAGACCGCUUUGAAAGGCUCGUGGAGCUGGUCACCAUGAUGGGAGACCAGGGAGAGCUGCCCAUCGCCAUGGCUCUGGCUAAUGUGGUUCCUGGGUCCCAGUGGGACGAGCUAGCCCGAGUCCUGGUGACACUGUUUGACUCCCGACACCUCCUUUACCAGCUGCUGUGGAACAUGUUCUCUAAAGAGGUGGAGCUGGCCGACUCCAUGCAGACUCUGUUCAGAGGAAACAGCCUGGCCAGCAAAAUAAUGACCUUCUGUUUCAAGGUAUAUGGGGCAGCAUAUCUGCAGAAGCUACUGGAGCCUUUAUUAAGAGGGGUCAUCACCACCCCUGAUCACAUCAGCUUUGAGGUGGAUCCCACCAGGCUGGAACAAGAGGAGAACCUGGAAGAGAACCAGAGGAACCUGCUGCAGAUCACUGAGCGGUUCUUCCAGGCCAUCAUUGGUUCAUCCAGCGAGUUCCCCCCACAGCUCCGCAGUGUCUGCCACUGUCUUUACCAGGCUACUUGCCACUCUCUACUGAAUAAAGCAACAGUAAAAGAAAAAAAGGAAAACAAAAAAGCAGUGGUGAGUCAGCGGUUCCCACAGAACAGCAUCGGCGCGGUGGGCAGCGCCAUGUUUCUGCGCUUCGUCAACCCAGCUAUUGUGUCUCCCUAUGAGGCUGGUAUCUUGGACAAGAAGCCCCUGCCAAGGAUAGAACGCGGUCUCAAACUCAUGUCCAAGAUUCUGCAGAGCAUUGCAAACCAUGUCUUGUUUACAAAGGAAGAGCACAUGAGGCCCUUUAAUGACUUUGUGAAGAGCAACUUUGAUUCAGCCAGGAGGUUUUUCUUGGACAUAGCAUCUGACUCUCCACCCAGUGACUCAGUCAAUCACAGUCUGUCCUUCAUCAGUGACGGCAACGUGCUGGCCCUCCACCGCCUACUGUGGAACAACCAAGAGAGGAUCGGCCAGUACCUCUCCAGCAACAGGGACCACAAGGCCGUAGGCAGACGACCUUUUGACAAGAUGGCGACACUGUUGGCCUACCUGGGACCUCCUGAACAUAAACCUGUGGCUGACACUCACUGGUCCAGUCUCAACCUGACCAGCUCCAAGUUCGAGGAGUUCAUGACCAGGCACCAGGUUCAUGAGAAGGAAGAGUUCAAAGCCUUAAAGACCCUCAACAUCUUCUACCAGGCAGGAACCUCUAAGACCGGCAACCCAGUGUUCUACUACGUGGCCCGAAGGUUCAAAACAGGCCAGAUCAACGGUGACCUGCUCAUCUACCAUGUCCUCCUCACCCUCAAACCCUACUACGCCAAGCCCUACGAGAUAGUUGUAGACUUAACACAUGUAGGACCUAGCAAUCGCUUCAAGACUGACUUUCUGUCCAAGUGGUUUGUGGUCUUUCCUGGUUUUGCCUACGAGAACGUAGCAGCUGUCUAUGUUUACAACUGCAACACGUGGGUGAGGGAGUACACAAAGUACCACGAGCGGCUCUUAACAGGACUGAAGGGCAGCAAACGGCUCCAGUUCAUCGACUCCCCGGCUAAGCUGGCCGAGCACAUCGAACCUGACCAACAGAAGCUACCUGCAGCCACACUGACCCUGGAGGAAGACCUGAAAGUGUUCCACAAUGCCCUCAAGCUGGCCCACAAGGACACCAAGGUUUCAAUAAAGGUGGGCUCGACCGCAGUUCAGGUGACCUCAGCCGAGCGGACCCGUGUCCUCGGCCAGCCCGUCUUCCUCAAUGACGUCUACUACGCCUCAGAGAUUGAAGAGAUCUGCCUUGUGGAUGAGAGCCAGUUCACCCUCACUAUGGCCAACCAGGGCACACCACUCACAUUCAUGCACCAGGAGUGUGACGCCAUCGUCCAGUCCAUCAUCCAUAUCCGGACACGCUGGGAACUGUCGCAGCCAGAUUCCAUACCACAGCACACCAAGAUCCGACCAAAAGAUGUUCCUGGCACUCUGCUCAACAUCGCUCUGCUGAACCUGGGCAGCUCUGACCCCAGCCUCAGGUCUGCGGCUUACAAUCUGUUGUGUGCUUUGACCUGCACCUUCAACCUAAAGAUAGAGGGCCAGCUGCUGGAAACGUCUGGCCUCUGCAUACCAGCCAACAACACCCUUUUCAUAGUCUCCAUCAGCAAGACUCUGGCUGCCAACGAGCCCCAUCUGACUCUGGAGUUUCUGGAGGAGUGCAUCUCAGGCUUCAGCAAGUCCAGUAUUGAGCUGAAGCAUCUCUGCCUGGAGUACAUGACACCCUGGCUGCUCAACCUGGUCCGCUUCUGUAAGCACAACGACGACGCCAAGCGUCAGCGCGUCACCGCCAUUUUGGACAAGCUCAUCACUAUGACAAUCAACGAAAAGCAGAUGUAUCCCUCUAUCCAGGCAAAGAUCUGGGGCAGCCUGGGCCAGAUAACAGACCUGUUGGAUGUGGUGUUGGACAGCUUUAUUAAGACCAGCGCCACAGGAGGCCUAGGCUCCAUCAAAGCAGAGGUCAUGGCUGAUACAGCAGUGGCUCUGGCUUCAGGGAAUGUCAAACUGGUCUCCAGCAAGGUUAUUGGUCGGAUGUGUAAGAUCAUAGACAAGACGUGCCUGUCGCCAACACCUACACUGGAGCAGCACUUGAUGUGGGAUGACAUCGCCAUCUUGGCCCGCUACAUGCUCAUGCUGUCUUUCAACAACUCCCUGGAUGUUGCGGCCCACCUGCCCUACCUGUUCCAUGUGGUGACCCUGCUGGUAGCCACCGGGCCGCUGUCCCUCAGGGCCUCCACCCACGGUUUGGUCAUCAACAUCAUCCACUCCCUCUGCACCUGCUCGCAGCUCAACUUCAGUGAGGAGACAAAGCAGGUUCUGAGGCUGAGUCUGACUGAGUUCUCCCUGCCCAAGUUCUACCUGCUGUUUGGCAUCAGCAAAGUUAAGUCAGCCGCUGUCAUUGCCUUCCGCUCCAGCUACAGAGACCGCUCCUUCUCACCGGGCUCCUACGAGAGGGAGACGUUUGCCCUGUCCUCCCUGGAGACAGUCACUGAGGCCUUACUGGAGAUCAUGGAGGCGUGUAUGAGGGACAUCCCAGCCUGCAAGUGGUUAGACCAGUGGACAGAGCUGGCACAGAAGUUUGCAUUCCAAUACAACCCAUCCCUCCAGCCCAGAGCACUGGUGGUGUUUGGCUGCAUCAGUAAGAGAGUGAGCCACGGCCAGAUCAAGCAGAUCAUCCGAAUCCUCAGCAAGGCCAGCCCACUGCUGAGCAUAGACCGGGGCCUGGAGAGCUGUCUGAAGGGGCCAGACAACUACAACAGCCAAGUACUAAUAGAGGCCACAGUUAUUGCUCUGACCAAGCUGCAGCCUCUACUUAGCAAGGAGUCUCCCAUGCACAAAGCUCUGUUCUGGGUGGCGGUGGCUGUGCUGCAGCUGGAUGAAGUAAACCUUUACUCAGCUGGAACCGCUCUGCUGGAGCAGAACCUCCACACUCUGGACACAAUGCGCGUCUUCAAUGACAAGAGUCCAGAAGAGGUGUUCAUGGAGAUCCGGCGGCCUUUAGAGUGGCACUGUAAGCAGAUGGAUCACUUUGUGGGCCUCAACUUCAGUGCCAACUUCAACUUUGCACUGGUGGGCCACCUACUCAAAGGCUACAGACACCCAUCACCCACCACAGUAGCGAGGACAGUGAGAAUCCUGCACACACUGUUGGCUCUCAUCAGCAAGCAUCUGAAAUGUGACAAGUUUGAGGUCAACACCCAUAGUGUGGCCUAUCUGGCUGCACUACUCACUGUAUCCGAGGAGGUCCGAAGUCGCUGCAGCCUCAAACACAGGAAGUCACUACUGAUUUCUGACCUCUCCAUGGACCCGGUACCCAUGGACACUUAUUCCAGUCACAUCACUGAUCCCAGCUGCAGAACUCUACGAGAGACUCAGCCGUGGACAUCACCUCAGGUUUCAGAGCGCUACCUUUCAGCCCAUCACUACCCCACGGUGGGCCAGAUCAGCCCUCGAACACGAAAGUCCAUGAGCCUGGACAUGGGUCAGCCCUCACAGGCCAACACCAAGAAGCUCCUGGGCACCCGGAAGAGCUUUGAUCACCUCAUAUCAGACUCUAAAGCACCAAAGAGACCAGAGAUGGAGUCGGGUAUGACCACCCCUCCCAAGAUGAGGCGGGUAGCAGAGAAUGACUACGAGAUAGAGACACAAAGAAACUCGCACCUUCGCAAGGUGUCUGUAUCAGAGUCCAAUGUUCUACUAGAUGAGGAGGUGCUGACUGACCCAAAGAUCCAGGCUCUGCUGCUCACUGUGCUGGCCACCCAGGUGAAAUACACCACUGAUGACUUUGACCAGCGAAUUCUGUACGAGUACUUGGCUGAAGCUAGCGUUGUCUUCCCAAAGGUUUUUCCAGUUGUUCACAACCUGCUGGAUUCCAAGAUCAACACUGUGCUGUCCAUGUGCCAGGACACCAACCUCCUGAACCCUGUCCACGGCAUCGUCCAGAGUGUGGUGUAUCAUGAAGAGUCACCCCCGCAGUACCAACCCUCCUAUUUACAAAGCUUUGGCUUUAAUGGACUUUGGAGGUUUGCCGGACCCUUCUCCAAGCAAACACAGAUCCCGGACUACGCCGAGCUGAUCGUCAAGUUUCUGGAGGCGUUGAUUGAUAGCUACCUACCGGCAGCUGACGAGGAGCGAGGGGAGGAGCAGCUGAGGACACCCACCUCCCCCUACCCCCCCACCAGCCAGAGCCAGCUCAGCAUCACUGCCAACCUCAACCUGUCCAACUCCAUGACCUCACUGGCCACCUCGCAGCAUUCGCCAGGUGUGGACAAGGAGAACGUCCAGCUGUCCCCCAGCUCUGCUCUGUCCAAUGCGGGUCGCACUCGCCACGGAUCAGCCAGUCAGGUCCAGAAGCAGCGCAGCGCCGGUAGCUUCAAGAGACCCAGCAUCAAGAAGAUCGUCUGAUCAGCCAGAGAAAACCCACCCUCCUCCUCCUCCUCCUCUCUGCUCCUCCCCCAGCCUGCCAGGCCUCAUGCUGCACUCCACUUUUUACUCUUUUUAUUUCCUCCUCCUUCUUCAUGGUUUUCGCUCUGGCAGGAGAACGAGUGAUUUUGUGUGGAGGAGGAAUAUUAGCGUGGACAAACUUGAAUUCUGAGCUGCUUGAGAUUUCUUUCAUUAGAGACAGCGGGCAGUGGAGGAGAAGCUUCUGUCCAAUCCUUUCUGUUCUCCACUGGAUUCAGUGUUUAAGCUCUUCAUCACAGAUGUUCAGCAGCGGUUUGAGUCAGCAACGGACGUCACACAAUAAACAAUUGAAAAGAAAAAAUCCCUCUGGUGCUGAUGGGAAUACAGUUUGGACUGUGACAGAUUACACAGGGAGGAACCAGAAACUGAAGUUCAGUCUUAAUGCUGAUGUCCCUUGGCCUUCCUCAUGACGAAACACUCCAGUGUCAGCCAGAUGGACCAAAUAACAGCAGCAGCGGAGCUGGUGGACCCGCUCGGACAUCUCAGCGCCCCUGUACAUAUUUUACAUAGACAGAUAAUGUAUAACUAGUCCUUAGUGCUAAUUUAGAUGUUGACGUUUUCUCCAUGGUGUGCCUUUGUCAGGGUUUUUCAAUGUGUACAAUUUGUAAAGUAAAAGUCAAACCUUGCUGGGGACAAAGAACAGGUACUAAUUAUGGAGGCAAGCCGUCCAUAUUACCAAGAGUUCACACGAGCUGCCUCAAGACCGGCCUCCAAUGAUCGUCAAAUAUACAAUCAUCCAUAUACCCUGUUGCCUGAAAGUAUUUAUCCUGUACAGCUAGAUAGUGCAACACAAAUCUUUUUCUUUUCAAACACUUUCCAAAAAUCUUCUCUUCAAACACUUUCAAUCUAUCAACAUAAAGAGUGCAAAACACUAGGGGAAACGCAACUGUGUAAAUAGCUCCAAGCUCUUUUUGUUUGCUUGUUUUUUGUGUUUUUAUUUAGCUCUGUUUGUGAAUUAUUUUUAGUAUGAACUGCAGCGUUUUAAUUUGUUUACAGAGUGACAAGGAAAAACUGUGUAAUAGGCAAUAAUCCUCAACUCUCAAACUCCUUCGUCAACCACCAAUUUUAUUUGUACAGCGAACAGGGAGAACACAUCGCUAUGUCAGCUCGGUGCAAUAUGAUGCCAACUCCUGAGUUGCCUGUUAACAUAGAGAUUUAGCUCUCAUUGAUUACCUCCAACGACCAUUUGAAUUGAAAAAGAGGCAGUGGACAGUGUGAUGUUUGAUCCUAUCACGCACACACACACACACACACACACACACACACACACACACAGACACACACACACCUCCAUCUGUUUCACCUCAGCAGUCUGAGCUGGACCCGCUACCAUCAGAGGUUUGUCCUGUGGGCUCUUUAAAGGGAAAAUCCACCUUAAAAGAAGCUGUAACACUGUUGGGGCUGUAUACCAUAUUUACAGUGGAGACAAUACCGUUUAGUUCAUAUUAAGACCUUUUUUGCAGCAUAAAAACUACAAAAAUGUGUUAGUAUUUAACAACACACUAGUGGUGGUGAGUGGUUUCGGUCACUGCAUCAGAUCAAAAGUCACAGCAUUGAGACUGAGAUUGUGCUUAAAAGCAAACCUUGUCUUUUCAAAGUAAGUUCCAAAGACACUAAUGAACUGUCACACUUUAAAGACCAGUGUGUGGGAUCUAGUGGCAUCUAAAAAUACGAAAGGUGGCAGUUUAACAUGGUGGACUAAAUGGAAGGCGACCUGUGGAAUCUGUGAUUAUAAAAGGCUCAUUCUAAGGUAAUGAAAAUAUAGCAAUUCCUAUAUUCAGGUGAUUAUACACUAAUGAAAAUAUACCUAUGAAUAUUAUGCUAUAAUUAUGUUAUAUAAUGUUGUGACAGUAGAUCCUCCUAGAUGUUACACACUGGACCUUUAAAACACUUAAAAUAAUCCAAACUUCUCAAAAAUGGACAUCCAAAGUAUAAAGUCCGCCUUAAAUAAACUAAACUCUGACCAAACAUACGGUGCCAAUUGUCAGUACUUGAGCUUUUACUACUUAUUGCCACAGACGCAGUUCAGUCUGAGCUCCAUACUCAGCUCUUAUUCCAACACAGCACCUUUUGGUUCAGGGUUUUUCAGUAUGUCUGCAAUGAUAUGGUGAAAUAUUUGGAAAUGUUUUGUAGAUCUAAACGUAAAUGGUAAACAUCUGGUUUUGGUCUCAGUCCCUCGGCAUCAAACACUGAUUCCAGAACUCUUCACCGCUGAUCCAGCUGACAGAGAUUGAGGACAGUCUUUAGUGGAAGAUGGCGGCUUUUUCCUUUUUAAGAGCUUCAGUAAUAAUUCAGGUUAUUAUUGAUGCAGAGGCCAGCUCUGUCAUUUUAAACCAACCCUCUGUAUCAGCAGAUCUUCUGCAGCAAACACCUUUUCUGCAUGGCACAAGGUGGAGAAUGCUCAUUUACUAUAAAUCACAUCAACUGUACAUCACUGCUGACUGUUUUCCAAAGCAUGCUGUGCAUCUCUAAGCUUUCAGGCAGCCGUUGGUUUCAGUUUAUUUCACAAAAUCAACUUAAGACAGCUGAAACUUGCUUGAGGCAACUAAUCUGCCACAGCAAACAUCAUGUCUGUUGUCAGUGUUGCUUGUGGUAAUACAGUGCACACUGAUAAAACCAUCUGCACAAGAACCCAAUUCAUAUUUGCAUGACCGAAACUAUUGGCCAAUCUUGGCUCAUCACAGAUGUGUCAGUAUCUGUGUGUAUGUUAGCAGAGAAAUGUCAAAGAUGUGUAAACAGAGUUUAUUUUUACUGUAAAAUGUUCCAGUCACUAAUCAUUUCAGGCAGUAUUGGUCUCACAAAUCCAGUAUAUCGGUUAGGGUUUAAAGCUGCAGUAGGUAACAUUUUGUCGUAUUUGCUAAAGUUUUGACAGGAGGACCUGAGACAGAUAAUGUAUGAAAAAAUCUGAUUCCUCUGGCCCCUCAGGAACCAGAUUUUUUCACAAUUAUCUGUUAGGAUAUAGUGAAUAAAAUUAAAUAAAAAUACUGCAGUUUUAAUCUGCGUUAGCCUUUGACAAUUAAAGCAGUAAUGUUGGUCAUUGUGAUGGAUUACAGUUGAUUUGGAUGUUUAUACUGAAAUGAAUGGGAACCAAUGGCUUCCUGGAGAGUAGAAAGACACUGACUAAAACACUAUUUCCACACACUUGUGGAAAUGGUCACAUGAUUUGUAGUAAAUAGGUUUAAACAUACAGCCACUGUGGUCUGGGCCCGUACAGCAGCCGUGUAGACUUGUUGCUUGGGUUGUUUGGUUGACUUCGCUGAUCCACUCGCAGCCUCCGUCCACAGCUCAGCAGGGUAAGUCCGUAACGCUUCUAUCCUGCCUUAACAUCUAUGCAUGGCAAGAGUUGAGUAUUGUUGUACAACUCUGACUUUUUUUAUCUGAGCAGCGUCUCCAACAUGUCUGUCACUCUCUGUUUCCUACCAUUGUACGUGUUCGUGUUACCUUAUGGAUACAUUUGUGAAUCAGUUCACUGCUGAUUUUUUUCUUGUAUUGUAGUUGUCUGAGGGGAUGUCAUUUUCUUCUGUCCAUGCAGCUCGUUCAGUAAACAGGUGAUCACCAGAUAAAUUCCAUGAAAAGGGACGUUUUCAUUAGAGACAGCCUCAGUAACAGUAUUUUGUAAUUCAGCCUCAAAGAACGACUUAAAGGGAAGACAAACCAUGAAAUCAUUUUUCCACUGCUGGAGAGUCAGAACAUUGUUUUGGGUUUAAGAAAGUUGACAUGAAGGAUGAUUGACACCCCCAGGUUAGUAUGCUUGAAACAAACCGGUUCAUACAAUGCAAUGUCUGAACACUUCUGAAGGCAAAAAUGUUAAUACUCGUUCCGUCACAAAUCCUGCUCAUCACAGAGAGCUGAUGACUCUUACAAAUGGGCAUAGCGGGCCUCAGUUCUCAACAGUCUCUCCUUGAAUGUGUUUGUGAUGUACAUAAAACUGACAGAAGCUCCACACACCAGGCAUGGGUUGCACCAACUGGUCUUUGGUAAGCUUGGGCCUAACCGCUAAGUCAUUCCUCGUUAGGACCAGUCUGUAGAAUGAACUUAAGCCUAGUCUGAACUACUUUCGGUCUGAGUGAUGUGCAUUCAUGUAAAUGCCUAGGCGUGCAUUGCUGGGAUAAUUUGCCUCGUUAGCGGCUUAUAAAAGUCAACUGGGCAGAUCAGUGCAGCAUACAGUUAUUUCUUACUGAGUGACCUUCAUUUCUUGCAUUGCUUUUCCCAAUUUUUUGUGGCGAAAAGGUAUGUGUGACUGUAGAGGCUGUAUAUAUCUGUAGCAAUCAAUCUUAAGCCCAGAUGGUGACCGACAUUACCAUUAGGUUGGACUUAGACCUCCAAGUUACGACGACUUAAGAGCAUUUAAGCUUAAGAGCAGGUGUAAGCCCUGUUGGUGUAACCCUGGACAAUCGCUGCGUAAAGUGCGUGUGAUGGCUUCAGAAAGUUACAAAAAUGUUUCGGAAAGGUGUUUUCAGACUGUUAGAUAGUCCAACAACUUUUUCCAACUUGGUUUAAAGCAGACUGGGGCCUUCAGUCACCAAUGUUAUUGAGCAAAUAAAUUAAACGUGUUAAAAUCCUCUUUGAUGUCAGGUUUUACAGACUGUGGUUUGAUUUGAAGGACCACAAUGAAGUGUAAUUUAAUGGAACAUCUGCCCUCCUUCCCAUGUAAAUAGGUCUAACCCUAGUUUAGAGUCAAGCAUGGAGUUGAAUCACAAUUAAGUUGUUAAAGUCACAUUUUCUAAUACAGUUAUGGAUUAGUACAGAGUGGCCACGAAGGUCCAGUUGGAAGGAUUUUUGGAUCUGGGCCAAUGAGGCUAUAAAGAUGCGUGUUUAUUCAGAUUUCUGUGUCAGAUUCCACAGAAAUAUUUCAACUCGUUCCAUCGUCUCUGCUCACCACUUUUCACCAUCGAAUUGAUCUUAAAGCUACACCUGCUGAUUUUCUUCUCCCAAGUAUCCACAAAACCUGAACUACAGAAUCAGCGAGUAUACCUUUUAACAAAACACAACCAGGAAAAAUCUGAAGGCAUAUUUCUUUCAGCACCAUGUUAGCAGAUUGCCAUCAUUUCCAGGUUUUAGUUUGACUUGUGUGUGAAUGGAAAUAUUAAGGAUUAUGUAUCCAUAACCUCUUAAACAAGUGGUUGACUUGCACUAAUUUAAAAACAGUCAUGGGUUUGUAAAGAUGAAAAACCUCAAAAUGUGGCAUGUUUUAUUUGAUGUUAUGCAAAAUCUAAUGUCUGUAGAGUAAUAGUCUGAGUUUUGUUUUUAAUGCAGUAUGUGUGACAAUUGUAAAUACUUUGUGUACAAUUUGAGAUGGUAUAUUUACUACACUGUACAUACAUGUGAUAUUGUAUCAUUUUGUUUUUGUAAAGCAGUUAGUUUCUGUAUAAUAAUAUACAAAUUGAACUAUUCCAGUGUUAGUAAUAAAAUGUUUUGCUCUCCACAA